GUAAACAACAACAAAAAAGGGUUAUAAUUUAAAUUGAUAGAGAUUAUUAAUAUCAUAUCUUGAUAAUUACUUCCUAAUUACUUCCUAGGCCAACAAGACCUGUUCCUAGUCCUCAAAAUCCUUGUGAAAUUCUGGUUUUCCAGCCAUUAUGGAACAUCUUCAAAACCAGCAUCAAGUAAUUUGAAUUCAUCAAAAAUUAAUAUUCUUAGUUUAAUAAGAAAUACAACUGAUAAUCUGAGACCUAUGAUUUGGAAAUCUGUUACUGUGGCAUCAUCUUUAUUUAAUAAUGUCACUCUGAGAUUUUCCAGAAACAAAAUUGUUGAAGAGCAGAAGUCUGUUCCUAUAUCAAAAAACAUCCAGAAAUUAAGUGAUAAAACAAAUACUUCUUAUGAAAAAAUGACUGUCAUACCUGGUGGACAAUUGGGUGAAAGUGAAGCUAGUUUAGAGCAAGGAUUUGCUGAAUGGCUUACUGGUGAUGAGUUACAAACCAAGAAAAAGGAAUUUUUAGGAAAAGAAGAAAAAUAUGUUGAAAAAAGUAAAAAAGUUGUUAUUUCUAAGUUGAGCCUUCAGCAACGCAGCAGGUUUUUAGUGUCCUCUUUAAUAGAUGCAACAUCUUCUGGAUCUCAGUUGCUAAGACUAGAAGAGAUAUGUAAACACCUCCUUCUUUAUCCAGAACAAAAAUCGACAAUGUGCAAAGCAGGAUUAGUCCGAACUGCAUUGCAUAUGAAAUGCAACUCAUCUGAUAAUGCUGUUCGUGCUCAAGCAAGAUGUGCUCUUUCUUUAGUUGGUUAUAAUGAAUCUCCAAAAGGGCAUGGAAUAAGAAUUCUCAGUAUUGAUGGUGGGGGCACUAGGGGCAUAAUUGCAAUUGAAGUUCUUCGACAAUUAGAAGCAAGAACUAACAAAAGAAUCUACGAAUUGUUUGAUUUCAUGUGUGGUGUUAGUUCAGGAGCUGUUCUUUCUCUCUUAUUAGGAGGCCUUCGUUUAUCACUUGAUGAGUGUGAAGCAUUGUAUAGGAGGCUCAGUGAUGAAGUUUUUAGUCAAAGUUCUUUUUGGGGAACCGGUCGUUUGAUGUGGAGUCAUGCAUACUAUGAUACGACCAUGUGGGUAAAGGUUUUAAAGAAAACGUUUGGUGAGAAGCUACUUAUUGAUACAUGUAAAGAAGACUUUGCACCCAAGUUAGCUGCUGUUUCAGCACUGAUGAAUCUUCCACAUCUCCAAGCAUUUGUUUUCCGUAAUUAUGAUUUUCCUCCACAUGUUCAAUCUUACUAUCGUGGUAGCUGUAGAUAUAGAAUGUGGGAAGCCAUCCGUGCUUCAGGUGCUGCACCUGGCUAUUUUGAAGAAUAUUGUUUAGAUGAUUACCUUCAUCAGGAUGGUGGUAUCAUGGUGAACAACCCCGCUGCUCUUGCUAUUCAUGAAGCUCAGCUUCUGUGGCCGUCAGAUGGCAUACAGUGUGUGAUGUCUCUGGGAAGUGGUCGUUACAUCCCACCAGUACAGCCAAAUUAUACUUCUACAAGCUUAAAGACUAAAGUUCUUAAAGUGAUUGACAGUGCAACAGAUACUGAAGGAGUUCAUGUCAUUUUAAAUGAUUUAUUGUCUCCUGACACAUACUUUCGUAUCAAUCCAUAUCUAACAGAAUUUUUUACUUUGGAUGAGAAUCGAGCAGAAAAAUUGGAUCAAAUGAAAAUUGAUGCUCAGAUGUAUCUAAGAAGAAAUGAAUACAAGUUUUUUAAUGCUAUUCAGACUCUUUGUUUGAAAAGAGGCUCUUUCAAGAAAGUUAAAGAUUGGAUAAGUGUUCGUAAAGAUAUGUUAUUGUGAUUUAUAUAGUAAGAUUUUUUGUGAAGUAACACUGUUUCAUAUAUAUUUAAUAAGUAUAUAAAACAGCAAAGUGCAGCAAAAUUCAAAUAGCAACUAUAAAAUAGUUCUUCCAAUUCCCAUGUAAUGAAAAAUUUUAAAUUCAGUGAUGUGUAUGAUUCAACGAUAAAUGUUUUAAUGAUGUAUGAAAUUGUAAAGAAAUGUAAAAUUCUUUUGAAAUCAGAUUUACUGUAUCGUGCCAGGAUAUAUUAUGGCAUAAAACUGUGAUAAUAAUCUCAAUUUUAAAGGAUUUUUCACUUUUGUGUCACUAAAUUAAUUGAGGGUUGGGUUUUAAUCCCCCAUCCUGAAAGAUAAAAGACAACUUUUACAUAUAGAUUAUAUUUGAAAAGUUUUUAUUUUAUUGUUUCUAUAGGACAUAAUGACAGUUUGUUAUUUAGGUAAUUUAUUUAUAGUCAUUUUUUGUAAAUAAAAAUAUAUAGUUUAUUUAUAUUUGAGUUAUCACUCUUAUUAAUCAUCUGUUUUUGUGUUGUGUAAUAUGCAUAAAAUAAAAAAAAUUGUUUUAAUGAA